GCGUUCUGUGAUUGGCGGAUCUGAGCAGUUGCGGCGGCGAGCGUGUGACGUCACCCGAGCGCGACCCGCGGCGUGUGUGUGAUCGCUGAAGGACAUCAGUGUUUAGAGUGAGAGAACAUAAACAUCAGUGUUUAGAGUGUACAGAAGAGUCUCGUGAUGAGCGUCGGUCUGCUGUCAUGCGCACUGAGGGCUCUGUCUCUGGGCUCCUCUCAGAUCGCCGGUUUCCCGGUCGCUUCCGGUGUCUGUGCUGCUGUGACCGGAAGUCGCGGCUUCAUGACGAGCGCGUGUGACCUGCAGAACCGGAGCCUGUGGAAACAGAGGGACAAAUACACCGUGCGACCGAUCGGCGUGAAGAAGACCGGAGGACGAGACUACACCGGUAGGAUCAUCACACAGCGGAUCGGCGGAGGACACAAGCAGCGCUAUCGUAUGAUCGACUUCCAGCGGCUGCGUUAUGAAGCUGGUAAAGAGCAGCAGCCCAUCGAGGAGAAGGUGAUGGAGGUCAGAUACGACCCCUGCAGGUCCGCAGACAUCGCUCUGGUGGCCGGCGGGAGCCGCAAGCGCUGGAUCAUCGCCACAGAGCACAUGGAGGCUGGAGACGUGAUCCGCACAUCUGGAGCCAUCGGACGCAUGGCAGUGCUGGCCAGAGAGGGAGACUCUCACCCGCUGGGGGCACUUCCUGUCGGCACGCUGGUCAAUAAUCUGGAGCUGUUCCCCGGGAAGGGAGCGCAGUACAUCCGCGCCGCAGGAACGUGUGGAGUGCUGCUGCGGAAGGUCAACGGCACGGCCAUCGUCCAGCUCCCGUCCAAACAUCAGAUCCAGGUGUUGGAGACGUGUAUGGUGACGGUCGGCAGAGUGUCUAAUGUGGAGCACAACAAGCGUGUGAUUGGGAAGGCGGGCCGGAACCGCUGGCUGGGCAUCAGACCGAGCAGUGGCCUGUGGCAGAGGAAGGGCGGCUGGGCCGGACGCAAGAUCAGACCGCUGCCUCCCAUGAAGAGCUUCAUCAACCUGCCGUCUGCAGCCGCCAGAUCCUGAGACACCAGUCCCUCACCCUGCGUCAUCCUUCCUCAGGUCUGACCAGUCACAGGGAAAGGAAGGUUUGGAGGAAAACACUCCAGGAUUCUUCUCCAGACUUCAGUGAUGGUCAGUGAUGGUCAGCUGCUUUAAAGAGCUUCUCACGAUCCCAGCCGAGGAAUAAGAGUCUUAUCCAGUGAAUUUUCUGAAAAAGUUCAUAUCUAUACAGUUUUAAACACAAAUGCUCUGCGAUGCGUGUCGACACAGAUUGUAUAAUCCUGUUGGAAAGCUCAUGUGUGGUUAGUUCUUCGUUUAGAAACUCUCAUCAUCUCCUGUUCUCCUCCAACUAGACUUUGUUUGACCUUCUCUGUGAAGAGCAAUGACUGUUUCUGCACGAUGGCUUUAUUAAAACACUGGGUCAGUGCGUUCACCUUGCCAACAUCAGCUAAUAGAGACACAUUUGUGGUUAAAGUGUAUUUCUUUAAAGAAGAUGAGCAGUGUUUCACUGCACAAGCCCUGAAUCCUCGGCUGGGGUCAUGUAGAGAAAACUCCUGGACCGCUUUCCUCAAAAAACUGAACUUCUUUGUGACUGAAGACCAAACAUGAAGAUCCUGAUGACACGGGGCGAGUAACUUCAUCAGGAAAUGUUAUAUUGGAAGUGGACUUCUUCUUUAACUCUCAUCACUGUAAUAAAGCACACGGUCAGCUGAA